AUGCUCGCCCUCAAGCUCGUCCUCAUAGCUGCGACCAGUGUACUCGGAGUCGCUGUCCCAGAACCAACACCAGCAGCCCAGCAAUCCGCUACUUGCACAAAAGACAAUGAAAUUCUUAAUUCCCUGAAGAAACUCGGCGUAUCAGGCACAAAUUUCUGCCGCGAAUAUGUCAACCCACCCACAACGAGCACCGUAACAGCGACUAUCACACCUAGCCCCGUGACAACCACUACCACCGCCGUAGUCACAAUAACAAGCACCCAAUGCGGCCAGCAAAAGCGCGCCGCAUUCCCCCCACCCAAGCACUUUGAAGUCGAAACCUUUGCACAAGGCACCCGCAUCAAGGCCGACAAGCGCACAAACAUCCCCUUCCAAAUCGCGCGUUUCCCUCCUGCAAAGAUCGCAGAUGCGUGUCGCUGUCUCUGCCUGAAACCAAAAUUGCCUCCUACGACUACCAUUACUACUAUUACGACGUUUGCCCCUGCACCGUGUCACUACCACUGCAACUGCUUGCGUUGA